AUGUCAACUGAAUUCAUUACUCACUUAUAUGGACUGCAUGUUGAUGGAAAACUACAUUCUGGACUGCAUGUUUGGUUACAAUCCUGUAAUUUACAGACUUUACAACCCACAGUCUCAUGGUUUCAGGUCCAGGACAUUUUUGCCAAAACAUACACUGCUUUGGAAGAAACCCAACACACGUCAAGGGAGGUGAAACUAGCACUUUUUCAACUUCUUGGAGGUCCAUUUAUGGUGAAAUACUUUCCUAACAUUCAAGUUGAACCUUGUACCUCUGAACCAUCAACACAAAUACUACAAGAUAUGCAUACAUGGUUGAGACAGCAACUGCUGGUAGUUGCAAAUGAAAUUGGAUUUCAUUCUGUGUUUUCAUGCAAUACUUCCAGUGAGAAAACUUCUGAUGAAAUUCAGAUUCUUAGAAGAUACAUUGCUACAAUGGCUCAAAAUAAUCUUGAUUUGUUUCUAUUGAAAGAUAAACAAGAAAGAAAAAAAAUUAAGAAUAGUAAUGUCAACAGUCAUGCUAAUUCUUUGUUAGUCAUGGCUAAUGCUGUCUCAAAAUUUCACUCAAAAUAUGAGUGGAAGGGAAACAGGAAAUCAUCUGAACAUAUUGCAUGUGUUAAACAAGUACAAUGUAAUGAGAGCAUCAAUCAGGAACUAUGUAGCCAUCAAAGUGAAGCCAUCGGAGAGAUUGUUAGCUCCAUUUUGCUGAAACAUCCACACAAAACAACAACUGUUACAUCUGCAUUGUCAGGGUACAGACUUCCUACUUCCUUGAGGAGACAUUUGUGGAAAAAAGUACUCUUCCAAAGUCAAAAACAUCUUCUGAAGAAAGGAAAUAUUGAACAAUUGGUGCGUUUGGAGUUUGGCCAAAUAAUCCAGCAAAACUGCCAGGAAUUAAAAAUAAAAAAUGCCACAAAGUCACCAAUUAAUUGUUUAAUAGAAAAUGCUGUGAUUGAGACUUACAGUAAAAUACCAAGCCUGAACAAAUUUGGGACUGAUACUCACUUAAAGGAAGCUUCCCGUGUCCUCAAUGUUUUGUAUGUAUAUGACAGAACAUAUCAGCCAUGUCUCAUAUACUGGCUACUUGCUCUACAAAUUACAUUUCCCAUUAACACAAAGGAUCCUGUGCAAAUUGGAGAGCAUGUCUGUGAAUUAGCCAUGUACCUGACACUUGUAAGGACAUCAUGCUUCCCUUAUCAGUUACAUGUGCUCACUAUUGCAAAGCAGGUCCUGGAUAUUCUCAAAGAACAUGACCCAGUUUUGCAUGCCCAUCUUCACCAAAUUGCCGCAGUCAAUGUACAGAAUGACACAAAGGAAGUUCUGACCAAAAAUUAUAUGGUCAAUAAAAAGAAAACGGAAAUUGUCUCAUCUGAUCUGAAACAUCUGAACUCAUCUGAGCUGCAACAUUUUCUUUCAUUUUCUAUGGAACACUUGGCACCCAGUGAUCCUGUAUUUUAUAUCUACAAAUGGAUUAGGGAGGGCUUUGUCAGUGUGUUGGAUACUGCAGCUAUGUGGUGGCUGUGGGACCAGUGUUUUCUUCAAAACUGGAACCCCAAAGUUCUUUGUGAUGUUACUGUAGCACUUAUUUUUCUGUUGCGGCCUUAUUUCCUGGAUGCAAAUGAUAACCCACAGAUGGAAAAGGUAUUUUUAAAUGAUCCACAGCAACUUUUUACAAAAGAUAUCCAAAAAGCAUGGAUUCACAUCCAAAACCAAAGACCAUUGGUUGAGGUGCCAAAAAUCAAUCGGCAACAUUUUCAGUUAUGCCAAAGAGCUGAUAUUCAUACCUCAGAUCCAUUCUCUAUUCUGGAAAAUAUUACUUGUUCAAAAUCCAUGACCUCAUUUAUUUUGGAAGAUGUUCAUCUCAAAUUGGAAUUUCUCCCAAGUGUUCUGCAAGAAUCUAAUGGCAAGGUCUUUCAAAUUCCUUGGUCCAAAAGUCCAAAUAUGGAUAACCUUGUCAUCAAUGUCCGAUCUCAGUUUUGUCAAACUACAGUUGCUGCAAAGCAUGUGACUGGUCCUUACUCCAAGUUGAAAACAAAAGUGGAUGUGGCAGGCAGACUGACAACUGUGCUCUCUGUUGACUCUAGGUUUCAAUUCCAGUUUUAUGAUACAGUUCAAUACAAGUCGGAAAUCAAGCAAGGUGGAUACCCAUAUGUCAUUAUCAGUGUUCAUUAUAUUGAAGGUAUUAACAUUGUUCCUCUUGGAUGGGCAUCUAUCGCAUUGGUUGAACUUGAUGCUUGGAAUAGUCAAAAAUGGAUUGGGAUAAAUCAACAAGAAACAUUCUUUCCACUUCAUCCUGGAGACAUUCCUGUUGAAUUAGGUGUUUCUGAGACCUACAUUCCUGUCGAUCAAAUUAACUUAUCCAAAUAUUUACUUGGCUAUAACUCUGAAAUAUUUCUUACUCUCACCAUUGAUGGACAAGGUACCACAGAAUGUGGUCAUGAAAGGAAUAUUUGUGAAUCAAGAAAUGAGAAUGUUGAAGAAUCUCAGCAAAUGGAAAACUGGGUGAAACACAUUCCACCAGAUGAACUGAUUAAUUUGGAGCCCAAAGCCACAAACAAAGACACCUUUGACAUCUACAUUGAUUGUGUUCGUUUCAUUCCAGACUCUGCUUCCAUCAUCAAAGUAACAGUCAGUCUGUUGCAACAAAAAUGUAAAGAUCUGUCACAGAAAGGAUCAUUUUUGCCAAACCUGGAUGGUCCUGCCCGAAGUCCAAUAUUUUCAGCUAUAUCCUCACGUCUAGUAGUAAAUGUUGACAAAUCAGCUUUAAGUCCUGAGUCUCUGCUUCUUGUGACCCUCUAUACUGUGGAAAUGCUUUCUGGCCAAUUGACCAUCGUUGGUUGCUGCUUGAUGUCCCUCUAUUAUAAAGAAAAUAAGAAAAAGGUGCUACUUAGAGUUGGUGGUCAUCAACUUUGUGUUCAAAAUGGAAAUGUGGUCAUUGGUCAGGGAAAGAAACCAUCUAUUUCAACUCUUGUCUCAUACCCUAAAAUUCCUGCUGCUUCAGUUCUUGUUCGGAUUUUACCUCAUUCAGUCAAUGCAAUUCCACCUCCUUCAUAUUCCUCUGGUUAUUACAAGUCUGAAAACUGCAAGCCAAAUUCCUCUGAAGAACGGAUUCUUCAGAGUUAUAAGGAACAGAACUGUUACCCUUUUACUGUAAGCGACAUGAUAUGGAAGUUGCAAACUUUACUUCAAAUCCCAACAGAAGAGAGGAAGGAAGAAAUGCAAGCAUGGUAUGAAAAACAAAUGGACAGUGACCAAAUGAAGAGCCCUGACAGUGUCCUUAAUAUUUUACAAUGUGUGUGGUAUCGAAACAAAAUUGGUCUUCAAGUGAAAGUUGAAAGAGCUUUCCUUUUGCAAUAUGAAGAUAUUUAUGUGCAAUGCUUUGGUCAGGUUUUCCCAGGCAAAAAGUCUGACAUCUUACAAGAUGAGAAGGAAAAUAAAUUUGUCACUCUGAAACAUGACUAUGACAGUCAAUUACACAGUCCAGUUUGGCAGGAUGAAGCCAAGUUGCUGCAUCCAAUCUACAAUGAAAACACAUGCCUUGUACUUCAGUUGGUAGGGAUACGAGUUGCCUAUCAUCCAAGCAAAGAUCACAAUCAGCCUGGUAUUAUUUGUUCACCUGAUGGGACAGACAUCCAAUUUAAUGAUGAUGCGGUUAUUGCUUGGACAGCUUUCAACUUAUUUGACAAAUAUGCUGUUCAAAUGGGAUACCACCAUCUUCCUUUAGUAUCUGGCAGACCUUCUCUUGAAACUUUGCAGCAACUUUGUACAGAAUCCUCUUCUUCAGUUUUGCUCUCAGAACUACAAAACAAAAAGAGUAACAGCAGUCUUCUGGUAUCAUUAUGGGAUGGACAUUUUCAUUUGGAAGACGUGCCAUCAAUGCCUUUGCAUGAAGACUUGUUGAAGGCCAUUGUCUCUGGAAAAUCCAAUCUAAAGUCAAGGCUGCAAUCCAAUCGUGGAAAUGCCAAAAGUAGAAGAGGAAAAAAAUUUUCUGAUCUUGUUCUUGAGAAUUUUGAAAAAAAGAUUCGGUUGAAGGGAACCAAUUCUACAAUAUAUGAGAAAGAACAGAAAUUCUUUGAGAAGGUUGUCACCAACAAAUUCUAUAAUCUUAUAGAAUCAUUUCUACUAACAGCAGGAUCUGGUCCACUCUGA